AUGAUGUUAAGCUACAUAAGUUAUUUGUUUGAGAUUAUGAAUAUUUCUACGAGAUCCUACAACAUGAUAUUUAAUUAUUAAAAUAAAAUGUUCCAAAGAUAGUUGUUGAGUUUGAAAGAAUUUUAAUCACUCAACACAAUUUUUUUGAGAUUGAAUAAGCAAUUUGAAAAUUUCUUCAAAAGUCCAAAAAUACAGAACUAGCGGAUAUAAAUGAUGCUAAUCAUUGAUUUUGAUGAGUACAUUGAAGUAUUUAGGCAGUAAAUAAGGUAUUACCUCCUAAUUUUAGGUGAAUAUUAUGAUUAUUUGUGUAGCAAUUUCAUCAAGUUAGAAGAAUUACACAAUCAAAGCAAAUAAAUUCUAGAAAAAUUAGAAAAAUGCUAAUAAUUGUAAAAUUGGUUGUUCGACAUUAAUCCUGAUGAUAAACAAUUGCUCUACCUAGCUACCAUUUAUUCAAAUAUUUUGGAUUUUAGGAAUAGGAAAUUAGUUGAUUUUGUGACAAAAUCCUAACAACUCACAUAAUAGUUUAUUAUUCCUUAAGAAAUAAAUUUACAAAAAUUUUUUAACCCAAAUACAUGUGCAAUUUAUGCUUCUCUUAAUACAGCAGGUGGAGAAAUUAAAAAAGUUUCAAACAACUUUUCAAACAUUUUCAAUUUUAAAAAUCAAUCAAUCAUUAGUAAAUCUAUAAAUCAAUUAAUCCCUCGUGGUAUGUUUAAUGACCAUGAUGAUUUUCUUAGUAACUUUAAAAGUAAAGGCAAUAUGUCAAUUAUCAAUUAAGGUAUUUUUUUAUUUAUUUUUAAUAAAUUUCAUUUUUAUUUAUUUAUUUAUUAAAUAAAAUUUUAUUAAUUUUUCAAUUUCAUUAAAUUGGAUUCUAAAUUAAGCCAACUAAUUUUUUAUCUUUGUUUGUUCAACAAGUUUAAAUAAGUAAAUGCAUAUUAAAUUGAUCUGAAUUUUAUUUUAAAAGGCGAAAGAAUGGUUUUUGGUUUUAAUUCUCAAGGCUUCAUUUUUCCGAUAAUGAUUAGACUUAAAAUAGAAAAUAUUUUAGGCGAGCUUGGUAUUUGCGCUUAUAUAACAAAUUUGUAUGAAACCAACGAAUUUAUCUUUAUUGAUAGUAAUGAAAAUAUCUCAGAUGUAACAGAAAACCUUUAUUUAAAUACAUUUUCAACGGUUUAUUCAAAGAGUUAAUUAGUAUAAAAAAAUAUAAAUCAAAUAUUACCUAUAUCAAUGAUCAUUAAGCAACUUCAAGAAUAUAACUUAAACUAUCAGACAGUGAUGAUAUUAUAAAAAAAAUAAUUGUAUUAAUCCCCUAAAAAGGGCACAGAAAAUUUUAAUUUUAAUUAAGGAUAGACUUUCAAGUUAUUAAAUCAAAAAUUAGCUGAGAUUUCAGAGAGAGAUGCAAUGUUUGCAGUUAAUGUUUAAAUAAGAUAAAUAUUCACUUAAAUUGGAAAGAAAUACUAUUAUUUGGAAAUAUCUCAUAUUAAUCAUCUAAGAGACUAUGAUGAAAAAAGAAAUUAUUUAAAUAAGCUGAGAGAAUGCUUAGAUUAGUAUGAAGAAUAUGAUUAAGCCAAUGCAAAUGGGAAGACUUUCAGUGAAAUUAACAAUUUAAAAUUUGAUUAGCUAAAUAAAUUGGAUUAAACUGCUUCAAGAUAUUUUGACUCAGAAAAACAGCUUAGUCAAUCUAACGAGUCUGUAAGCGAGUAAAUUUAAGUGGAAGAUUAGACAGUAAUAUUAGAAAGUUCAGUAAAAAAGAGGAGUCACAUGGCAAAUUCAGUAAAAAGAACUCAUCUAAAUGAAAAAGAAUUAAUAUUAUUUACGAACAUGAUGGCUCAACAAGGCAACACUGCUUAUUAGUCUUUAUAUAACUAAAAUAUUUAGGAAAAAUCUAUAGAGUAAUCAUAGUUAUAAAAGUAUUUCAACUUUGAAUUUUCUAGAUUCCCUUUGCAAGAGGAAGUAGUUCUUCAGGAAUUACAGUUAAAUGAUUUGAAUUCAGCAGAUAAUCAACUUCCAUUCUCUCCCAAAGAAAAUAGUCAUAGGCAAUUAUUGAUGUAACACAACACAAAUGAUAUAAAUAGUUAAGCAGAGGAAGAGAAUUUAUUUCAGCAGAAUUAAAAUUCUUCAAAAAAGUUUCAAUAAAUUUCAACAGAAAUCUUUUCUAAAGUCGCUUAAGAAUAAGAGCAGCAAACAGCAUCAAGUCCAACAUUGAAGAACCAAAGUUAAUUUAAGAGGAACAUGAGUUAGAAACAGAAGAGAAACUAGAGAAGAAAAGGUAGAAGAUAGACAACGAAAUUAGUGAUUAAAAAAUAUGAAUCCACAAAUAGAAUCUGUGAAGAUUCCUCCAAAUUUUCAAAUGACCAAAAUAACUUUUAUGAAAAGAAGGAAGACAAAGGCAACGAUGCUUAGAGUGUUCAAUCUGUAAAUACAAAUUUAAGUGAAUAAAAAAAAUAAUAGAUUAUUAAUUAGAUAAAUUCUCAAAACAGCUCUUUUAUUGUUAAAAUUUUCAUAAUAUCUGUUAUAUUUUCUUUUAUCACAUUGGUCUGUGUUUCUUCCAUCUAAUAUGAUUAAUUAAAUCAAUCUAUUGACAGAUAUUAUUUGGAUUUUUAGUAGCUAAAUUUAUUUAACUAAAUGAAUGAUAUCAAUUUAAUUGUUCUCUCUUAGAAAACUUUUCUGGAAUUAUUCAAAAAUAGUCCUUAAUUGGCUCAAUCAACUUUCAACUAAACUUUUUUGCAAGCAGAAAUGCAGAGAAGUUAAAUCUAUUUGAAUCAAUAGCUUGCAAAUUUUACAUUAAAAACUUUAAGAGCAAUUAAUGCUGAUCCAUCUUAGAAUUAUCAAAAGGUCUUCGUUACAAAAAACACAAGUUUAAAUUUCACAGAUUAUACUGUCGAAAAUAGUAAUUAAUACAUUCGUAAUUUUACUGUAAUCAAUGAGCUUCUUAUAUUCAGAUAGUAAUAUUUUGAAGUGCUCACUCCUUAAACUUAAAGUUUACUUGCAGAAAAAACAAAUAAUAGGAUGGAUUUCUUGUGGGAUAACUACUUAAAUAUUUUUAGAUCUUCAUACACAGUGCAAGGAGCUGUUGAAGAUUAAGUAAAAUAAGAAUUUUCAUAUAUCGAUAAUGUUUAGUUAUUAAAUCUCAUCGUGCUAUUAGUAGUUGUUGGUGUAUUAGUUGUUUUAGUCGUUCCGAUGAACAUUCUUGGUUAAAUUUAAGCAGAAAAGAUAUUGAAGCUGUUAGGGUCUUUCCAGCCAGAUAAGUUACAAAAAUAUGUUGAUCUAAUAGAAUAUUGCAUAAUAAAAGUUGAUGAGAUGGUAGAUAACAAGCAAAUAAAUUAUAGAGAUCUUGAUGAAGUGCUCAAAUAGAAUUCAAAUUAAAUAGUCUCCUCAAAUGAACACUACAACAAAGAAAUGAAUAUAGAGGAAGCUAAAAACAUUAAUGUACAAUCAAACGUUAAUGGAGAUAAAAUGAAUAUAAUUCACCGUAUUCAAAAUAAAAGAACUCGUUCUGUGGCAUCUUUUAAUUCAUUAUAGAAAAUAAGCUUACCGAUCAUCUUUAUUAGUCUUGUUGUUAUAUUUAUUUAAAUGAUCUACCCAAUAGUGUCAUUGCUUGUAAUUGCUCAAUUUAAAAAAGAAGGUGAAGUAGUAAUUUCAGAAAGAAUUUCAAUCUUCGAUGCAACAAGUCUUAUUUUAGAUUAUCAUGCAAACCACUAUGGGUAUUGGCUAACUAACUACAUAUUAUAGUAAUCUCCUUCAUCCCAAGAUUUCUACAGAGCUGAUUAGCAAAUGCAAAAUAUAGUUAGACUUCACUAAUCUGGAGAUGAUUAUUUAUAAAAAGUUUCUAACAUUAUGGCGGAUACUCAAAUAAAAAGAAAAAACUAAUAAAAGUUUGAAGAUAUAUUUAUAACAAUGCUAAACCAAGAUAUUUGUCAAGUCAUUUAAAAUUAUCCUUAAUACUUUGCAAUAGAAAUUUAAUAAAUUGAUUGCGAGAAUAUUAUGAGUGGUGUGUUGAGUAGAGGUUUUAUAAUAACAAUGAAAUAGAUAUCUUAGUACUUUACUGGGUUUCUACAGUUAUACUAGCAAUUGUAAAGCAAUUCUAUUCCUCAAAAAAGUAUUACUUAAUAUCUUAUUGAUAUUUAAAAACAGUCAAAUUUAAUCGAUGGAUAUAAUUAGUUGAUAAGAUAUCUCAAGCUUAUUUCUUUUGCCUUAGAUAAUUACUUAUUCGAAAGUCAGGUUGAUUACUACAAUUACAUAGUCAAACUUAAUCAAUAUUUAUUUAUAAUGCAGCUAAUUAUCAUCAUUAUGACUUUUAUCUUUGGGUGGACUUUCUUUUAUAAGAAAUUCACAAAUAAGUUAAAGGAAGUGAAAAAUCUGUUAAAAUUAUUCCAUAUCAAUUUAAUUUUAGAUAAUUAAAUAUUUAUGGCUUACUUUAAGAAGAAUAAGAAUUAAUUAGUAUGA